GUCAUGCAGUGGAAGCCAUCCAAAACUUACGGAUUUAUCCAUUUACUACGUUUCUUCGUUAAGCUAGACUGCUUGGCAAAGUAUUUUUUUAAUCUAUAUCCUAAAGUAAAUAAUUUUUUUAGAAUUUUGAAAUGGAAAAGGCGAUCUCAUCAGUGUUUGAUAGACCAACUGCAUCAGUUUCUUGAAUUUUUGAAUAAUUUUUGUUCUGAGUUUUUUGAUCCUGAUCAAGAUUAUGUGGAGGCAUCUCCAGAGUAUCUAAUAAAUGUCUCUGAAAAAGCAGCAUCUUGA